AUUGACAAUGGAACACUUAGGAUUGUUCUUAAGUAUUCUGAUAGUGGGCUGUGGCAGCGUUCAGUUCCCACCAAACUUCAAAUUCGGGGCUGCUAUAUCUUCGUACCAGGCUGAAGGCGCUUGGAAUGAAGAUGGUAAGGGCGAAAGCAUGUGGGACAACUUUGUGCACAAAAUGCCAAGCCCAAUAGCUGAUAACGCGACUGGAGAUGUAGCUGCUGACUCCUACCAUCUGUGGAAAGAAGACGUUAGGAUUGCUUCGGAGUUAGGCCUGGAUUACUAUCGGUUCUCAAUCAGUUGGCCUCGAAUUCUCCCGAACGGCUUGCCAAAUGAAAUCAAUGAAGCAGGAGUCGAGUACUACAAUAAUUUGAUAAAUGGUCUUCUAGAAGCGGGCAUUGAGCCUGUGGUGACUCUGUAUCAUUGGGAUCUACCGACAAUGUUUCAGGAUUUUGGUGGAUGGAUGAACCCUUUGAUAGCAGACUGGUUCGGUGACUACUCCAGAGUAGUGUUUGCUCUGUUCGGUGAUAGAGUCAAAACGUGGCUAACAAUUAAUGAGCCAUUGAUUAUUUGUGAAAUGAGUUACGGCGCGGGAGUGAUGGCCCCUGCUAUUAAGGAAGAUAAAAUAGCGCCUUAUAUAUGCAAUAAAAAUAUACUGUUAGCUCAUGCGAAGGCUUAUAGAGUGUAUGAUCGGGAGUUCCGAAAGUUUUAUGGAGGACGUGUAUCCAUUGCAAAUAACAUUGCCUGGUUUGAGCCACUCACUCCCGCGGACACUUAUUUGGCAGAAAUGGCAAUGCAAAAUGCAGCCGGACGAUAUGCACAUGCCAUUUUCUCCAGACAAGGGGGCUGGCCACCAGAGAUAGAGAAGUUAAUGUUUGAGACGAGUAUCCGUGAAGGGUACAGUUCUUCCAGACUCCCAAAGUUCACGCGGGCUGAAAAGGUUUUCGUCAGAGGCACUGCAGAUUUUUUUGGUCUCAACUACUACACGGGAAGAACUGUUAGAAAAGCUGAGCCCGGUGAAGAGGUUGGACCAUGGUUUAGUUCAGGUUACAAAGAGAUUAAUGCGAUCAUGGAAGUACCAAAUGAUGCUUACUCAAGCUCUUCUGCGGUAAUUCCAGUUUACUCCAAAGGUCUCCGCUCAUUAUUAUGCUGGAUAAAGAAGGCAUACGGGAAUGUCCAGAUCUUGAUCACGGAGAAUGGUUUCCCUGGUAGUAAUUCAGGACUCAAUGACUAUGAUAGGAUUAAAUUUAUGAAGGAGCAUUUAGAACAGGUCAGUUUGGCAAUACACGAAGACGGUGUCAAUGUGAUAGGUUAUACAUUUUGGUCAUUAUUUGACAAUUUGGAAUGGUUGGAUGGAUACACAAUAAGAUUCGGCCUCUACCAAGUAGACUUCAAUGAUCCUGAACGAAAUAGGGUUGCCAGACUUUCUGCCCAGUUCUACAAAUGCGUGAUUAUACAGCACAGUGUUGAUGUGCCUGAGACUUGCUUCAAUCCUGACACUAGAGCCAGAAGACAGACAUCACUUCCCUCGUUGCCAAACUUGUCAAGAACCAUCAGCAAUGACACAAAAGAUCUCAAGAAGGAAAGAAAUAUUUGAAGAAGACUCUAUUAGACUGAGUAUUCAAGUUUUAAAAGAUGAUAAUAAAUAAUAUUUACCAAAUAAUA